UGGCAGAUUAGUGGAAUGGGCAGCCGAUAAGUAGCCCAUAGCUUUUCUUAUUAGCCGCUGCCCCAGUGGCCAGGUGGGGAUGCAACGCCCGCUAAUAGCAGCUACCCAGGUAGCUAGCUGAUCUGAUACGAGUCUUGGGGGCGCUCAAUUUCUGGUAAACCUCGAAAAAUAAAACCUCCCACGGCCCUAUUUGACAUCUGCUCUGACCAUUUCCCCUCAUCCCGUCCUGCCUCAACGCACACCACUAUCCCUGAUUCAUCUUCCUCUCUGUCUCCUCCUUGACAGAGAACCGUCUAAUUACUCUCGUUAAUGCUGGGAGUUGCAAAAUCUCUUUAUAAGAAGAUCAGUAUCCCGGAUUUUCUACGAGGCAACAUGGCUUCCCAAGAGCAGAUCGAGGUUGACGUCCUCAUCAUUGGUGCUGGUCCUACUGGUCUCGGUGCCGCGAAGAGACUCAACCAGAUUAACGGCCCAUCAUGGAUGAUUAUCGACCGAAAUGAGAAGGCCGGUGGUCUUGCCUCCACCGACAUAACGGAAGAAGGCUUUCUCUACGAUGUUGGCGGACACGUUAUCUUCUCCCACUACAAGUACUUCGACGACUGCAUCGACGAGGCUCUACCCAAGGACGACGAUUGGUAUACCCACGAACGUAUAUCGUAUGUUCGCUACAAGGGCGUAUGGGUCCCAUACCCCUUCCAAAACAAUAUUUCGAUGCUUCCGAAGGAAGACCAAGUCAAGUGUAUUGAGGGUCUUAUUGAUGCGUCUCUCGAGGCUCGUGUCUCCAACACUAAGCCUACCGAUUUUGACCAGUGGAUUCUUCGCACUGCAGGUGUUGGUAUUGCUGACGUGUUCAUGCGCCCUUACAACUUCAAAGUUUGGGCUGUUCCCACCACAAAGAUGCAGUGCGCUUGGCUCGGAGAACGUGUGGCUGCUCCGGAUCUAAAGCGUGUCACGUCAAACGUGAUCCUGAACAAGGUUGCUGGUAAUUGGGGUCCCAAUGCCACUUUCCGAUUCCCAGCUCGCGACGGUACUGGUGGUAUUUGGAUUGCAGUCGCCAAGACCCUUCCUGAGAAGAGCAAGAGCUUCGGUAAGGGCAGUGAAGUCAAGCGCGUCAACGCUGACGCGAAGACGGUGUCUCUGGCUGACGGCCGUACCAUCAAAUACAACAAGUUGAUCAACACUAUGGAGGUAGACAGGUUUGUCGAGCAUAUGGGUGACCAAGAACUUGUCAACCUCAGUAAGGGACUUUACUAUUCCACCACCCAUGUCGUCGGUUUCGGUAUCCGUGGUGAACGGCCCGAGCGUAUCGGCGACAAGUGCUGGCUCUACUUCCCCGAGGACAACUGCCCGUUCUACCGUGCAACGAUCUUCUCCAACUAUUCUCCAUACAAUCAACCUGCAGCUGAUGUCAAGAUCAAAACACAGCAUCUUGCUGAUGGCUCUGCCCCAAGUUCUAAAGAGGAACAAGCCGGCCCGUACUGGUCUGUCAUGUUGGAGAUCUCUGAGUCCUCCAUGAAGCCCGUGGACAUUGCCAACAUCAUACGAGACAGCCUGAAGGGUUUGAUCAACACCGAGAUGUUGAAGCCAACUGACGAGAUUGUAUCUACGUACCACCGUGCUUUUGAUCACGGCUACCCAACACCAGCCUUGGAGCGUGAGGGUGUCCUCACCCAGCUUCUGCCAAAGCUUCAGGCCAAGGACAUCUGGUCCCGCGGUCGUUUCGGCAGCUGGCGUUACGAGGUUGGCAACCAGGACCACUCGUUCAUGUUGGGUGUUGAGGCCGUUGACAACAUUGUCAACGGUGCCGUCGAGCUGACUUUGAACUACCCAGACUUUGUCAACGGGCGAAAGAACACUGAGCGCCGACUUGUUGAUGGUGCGCAGGCGUUCCAGAAGCCUGGUUUCGCCGGGUCUGUCGAGACUCUCAAGCCUGUCCCAACCACGGCGACUCUCACCUCCGCGGAGUCACACGCUAAACCCAGUGGCCACCAGCGCCAGAAGUCUAGCAAGUCUUCCAAGAAUUAGAUGAUACCGCAUUCUUUUCAAGUUUGAGCAUUUGAGAUGCGCGGAAAAGAAAAACGACGUGAUGAAUGGGCAUUUGGAGAUACUAGACGGAACGUGUCACGGACACCUGGGAAACAGAUGAUGUGUACAGCGAAUUUAGAUAGAUUCCUGUUUGAGCGUUUGUACGCCCUUUGGGAAGCUUGCUCACAGAUACAGCGUAGAGCUAAUUACAGCCUCUUUAGAUGUGCUAGAACGAACCAUCUGUCAAGUAAAAUAAUCAAAAGCUGUGAACGGAAACGGGAAUGGAUGGAUGACAUUCAAACAUAGCUCUUCCGACAGUCCUCGUAGCCAUCUACUGUGAAUGCAACUCAAUCUAUUGCCCGUCUUACUAACGAUACCACAUCGUCUCUUUUCGGCCAAUUCCUGGCAUAUAUCUGCUAGUG